AUGCCCAAAGCCCUGUGGAUUCCCAUGCCCAUUGUAGAAAUGCUGUUCAAGCAAGUGACCAUGGACUUCGUGGGCCUCCUUCCGAAAAGCAUUGCCGGAUUUCAGUAUGUGCUGGUCAGCAUGGACUAUGCCAUCUGUUUCCCCGAAACAGUACUGCUACGGAGCAUCACUGCCCAAACAUUUGUUGAUGAACUUGUGAAGGUUUUCACCUGUGUGGGCCUGCCCUGGGAAAUCCUCACUGACCAGGGCACCAACUUCAUCUCCUGGCUGCUGCAGCAGGUGUGCAGCCUCCUGGGCAUUAAUAAGCAACUGUGCACCUCCAUCUACCAUCUGCAAACCGAUGGCUUGGUUGAACAGUUUAAUCGUACCCUGAAGGACAAGCUGCGCAAGUUUCCCCUAGACAACCUCUACACCAGUGGGAUCAGCUAUUGCCGUCCUUGCUUCUGGGCAUCCGAGAAGAACUAUGCCAUGGUAGAGAAGGAGGCCCUUGCGGUGAAAUGGGCUUGUGAUGCCCUGCAUUACUACCUCCUCAGGGGCCCGUUCACACUGGUUACCAACCAUGCCUCGCUCCAGUGGCUGGCCACAAUGAAAAAUAAUAAUGCGAGAAUAAUGAGCUGUUACCUGGCACUACAGCCAUAUGCUUUUACUGUUCGCCAUAGGACGGAUGAUGACAGUGAAGAGUCCAGAAGCGCAGAAGAUGAUGCUAUGCUGCGUUCAGACAAGGGCUCAUGUUCUACCUGGGGUGCAGGGCAUUUCUCCACCUUUGAUAAUUAUUUGUAUGACUUCUCUGGGUCCUGCAACUACAUCUUCACCACCGUGUGCAAUGAUGUUAGUCCGGACUUCAACAUCCAGUUCCGCCGCGGGGUGAACAAAAAAAUUACAAGAAUCAUCAUAGAGUUGGGACCUGUCGUCAUCACAGUUGAAAAGAACAUCAUUGUGCUCAAGGAUGUUGGUGUCAUCAAGUUGCCAUAUACCAGCAAUGGAAUCCAGAUUGCUCCUUUUGGACGCACUGUCCGCCUGGUGACCAAGCUGAUGGAGAUGGAGCUGGAAGUAAUCUGGAACAAUGACGACUAUCUCAUGGUUAUGGUUGAGAGAAAAUAUAUGAGGAAAACUUGUGGAAUGUGUGGGAAUUUUGAUGGACAGGAACUAAAUGAGUUUCUGAGUGAAGGUAAAUUGCUGGAUGCAUACCAAUUUGCCACUUUACAAAAAAUGGAUGACCCAUCAGAGAUCUGCCCCUCUGAGGAGAUGGCAAUUCCCAGUAUUCCUCGCAAAAAAUAUGCCAGGAUCUGCUCCCAGCUGCUCAACCUUGUGUCUCCGGCUUGCAACGUGUCCAAGAAAGCGUUUGUUAUCCGUUGUCAGCUUGAUAUGCAGGACUGUAGUGAUCCAGGGCAAAGAAACUGUACUUGUGCUACACUGUCAGAGUACUCUAGGCAAUGUGCCAUGUCCAAUCAAGCAGUGUCUGAUUGGAGGAGUGCAGACUUCUGCUCUGUAGGAAAAUGUUCAGCUGACCAAAUCUACAAGGAGUGCGGUUCUCCAUGUGUUAAAACCUGUUCCAACCCAGAGUACAGCUGUUCCAGUUACUGCACAUAUGGUUGCUUUUGCCCAGAAGGCACUGUUCUUGAUGACAUCUCAAAAAAUCGAACAUGUGUUCCCAUUGACCAGUGCCCAUGUACACUGAAUGGUGAGAGAUAUGAUCCUGGCGUUACCAUGAAAGCAACAUGCAGGACCUGUAAAUGUACAAUGGGCCAGUGGAAUUGCAAUGAACUACCCUGCCCAGGAAGGUGUUCCCUGGAGGGAGGCUCCUUUGUCACCACGUUUGAUUCCAGGUCAUAUAGGUUUCAUGGAGUCUGCACAUACAUCCUCAUGAAGAGUUCCAGCCUUCCAUACAAUGGAACCCUGAUGGCUGUGUAUGAUAAAUCUGGUUACUCUCAUUCUGAAACAUCCUUAACUGCUAUAAUUUACCUUUCUGCAAAGGACAAAAUUGUGAUUUCUAAAAAUGAACUUCUCACAGAUGAUGAACUCAAGUGGCUGCCUUAUAGAUCAGGUGACAUCACCAUUUUCAGACAGUCCUCCACCCACAUUCAAAUGUAUACCACCUUUGGGCUGGAGCUAAUAGUUCAAACUUGGCCAGUGUUUCACGUCUAUAUAAAAGUUGGACUUCUCUUCAAAGGCAGAACUCUAGGGUUGUGUGGCAAUUACAAUGGAGACACUACAGACGAUUUCAUGACCAGCAUGGAUAUUAUUGAAGGCACAGCAGCCCUGUUUGUGGACUCCUGGAGAUCAGGGAACUGCCACUCUGCUGCAGAGAGGGACACAGACCCUUGCUCUAUGAGUCAAUUGAACAAAAUGUCUGCAGAGACCCAUUGCUCCAUUCUUACUAAGAAGGGCACAGUGUUUGAGAAAUGCCAUUCUGUGGUGAAUCCUGCUCCUUUUUACAAGAGAUGCAUCUACCAAGCCUGUAACUAUGAGGAGACCUUUCCUUAUAUUUGUUCUGCCCUGGGAUCUUAUGCAAGAGUGUGUGCUUCAAUGGGGCUGAUCCUUGUAAACUGGAGGGACACUGUAGACAACUGCACCAUUUCCUGUACAGGCAAUCAGACAUUCAGUUACCACACUGAAGCCUGUGAUAGGACGUGCCUGUCACUUUCCGACCAAACCCUGGAAUGUUAUCCUACUGACAUCCCUAUUGAUGGCUGCAACUGUCCUAAAGGUACCUACUUGAACCACAGAAGUGAAUGUGUGCGUAAAUCCAUGUGUCCCUGCUACCUGGAAGAUAAGGGGUUCAUCCUACCUGACCAGUCGACUAUAAUUGGUGGCAUUACCUGCUAUUGUAUUAAUGGAAAGAUGAGUUGCACUGGUAAACCUCAAGACCCUGCAGAAAACUGCAAGCCUCCCAAAAAAUAUGUGUCAUGUUCACAGAACUCAGAGAACAAAUAUGGAGCCUCCUGUUCCCCUACCUGUCAGAUGCUGGCCACUGGAAUUGAAUGUGUACCCACUAGGUGUGAAUCAGGCUGUGUCUGCAGUGAUGGGCUGUAUGAGAAUCUAGAUGGAAUGUGUGUACCACCUGAUGAAUGUCCCUGUGAAUAUGGUGGUAUCUCUUAUAAAAAAGGGGAAGAAAUCCACACCGAAUGCAAAACCUGCACCUGUACAAGAGGCAAAUGGAAAUGUGUUCAGAAAUCUAAAUGCUCCUCAACAUGUACCCUGUAUGGAGAAGGACAUGUCACCACUUUUGAUGGACAGCGCUUUGUGUUUGAUGGCAACUGCGAAUACAUACUAGCUACGGAUGGUUGCGGUAUGAACAGCUCUCACUCCACCUUUAAAAUUGUGACUGAGAAUGUCAUCUGUGGGAAAUCAGGAGUCACCUGUUCCAGGUCCAUCAAGAUCCACCUUGAGAAUAUGACACUUAUACUGGCAGAGGAAACCUACUUUGUAUAUGGGGACAAUCCUCUGACACAAUUCCACGUGAAAAAGAAUGCCCUUCACCUGAUGUUCGAUAUCAUUAUCCCAGGAAAAUACAACAUGACUCUUAUCUGGAACAAGCACAUGAAUAUUUUCAUCAAGAUCUUCAGAGAAGCACAGGAUCACCUCUGCGGUUUGUGUGGGAAUUACAAUGGGAACAUGAGAGAUGACUUUGAAACUCGAAGCAAAUACGUGGCAGCAAAUGAACUGGAGUUUGUAAAUUCUUGGAAGGAAAAUCCUAUGUGCGGGGAUGUGUUCUUUGUAGUUGAUCCCUGUAGCAAGAACCCUUAUCGUAAAGCUUGGGCAGAGAGGAAGUGUUCCAUCAUCAACAGUCAGGUCUUUGCUCCAUGUCACAGUAAGGUAUACCGCAUGCCUUAUUAUGAUGCCUGUGUCCGAGACUCCUGUGGGUGUGACUCGGGAGGAGACUGUGAAUGCAUGUGUGAUGCCAUUGCAGUGUAUGCCAAGGCAUGCUUAGAUGUAGGUGUCUGCAUUGACUGGAGAGCCCCAGAGUUCUGUCCCGUCUAUUGUGACUACUUCAACACACACCAAAAGUCAGAUAGUGAGGGCACCUACAGCUACAAUUAUUGGGAUGAACAAAAUUGCACCUGGCAUUACCGACCUUGUAAUUGCCCACAGCAAAACUACAAAUAUGUCAACAUUGAAGGCUGUUACAACUGCUCACACAAUGAAUACUUUGAUCACGAGGAGGGACAGUGCAAGCCCUGCACAGGACAUGAGCCCAUUAGGACAACCCCUGAAACCUCUACACCUUCAACAGUAACAGCAACAGUACAAACUAAAACACCAAGAAGCACUACUACAGUUGAAACAUCAGCUACUACCGUACCACCAGCAGCCACUACAUCUAGAGAGUCCACCAUGCACACUAUUUUAAGCACUGCACCAACCACCCUAUCUACUACAAAAGUAACCAUAAAAACACCUAUCACAAUCAAAUCCACUACUCACUCCAUACCAGUAACCACCGUUACGAAAAAGACAACACUGUCAACUACCCCAGUCAUAACAGUAACUGAGAUUACUUCACCAAUAACCACCAGCAAAACAACCAUAUCACCAACCUUAGAAACACCAGUCACCCCUACAGUCACAGUCAUCUCAACAACUGUGGAUGCAGCCAUGUAUUCCAUGAGAGCCAUCCCUGAUGAGGCAAAGAAACAAUCGGACUCAUCCAAAGUCCAAAAUGGGGACAGCAUCAGUGCUGAAGAGGAACAGGGACAUGGCACCAGUGGUACUGAGCAAGACACACUUCCACCCAGUACUCGAGGAGGUGCUAGCACUGAGGUCAACAAUGGUACCAAACUCGAUAACAAGAUCUGCUGCCAGAGCAGUGACUGUGUCAAGGGACGCACCAGCGUUGAGGGGGACUUUCGUGCCGAGCUUGGUGUCAGCCUCAAUUCCAUUGUACAUGCAAAGAAACUUACAACUCCACGUAUGACAACAACCAUUACAACACCAACUAUUACAAAGACAUCACCAACUACUUCAUCACUGCCUACUGCUUACACUAGGUCAACGAAAACCAGAAAAACUGCAAUGCCAACUAUACACACGACUGAACCUCUUACAAUGACAUAUCCACCCACAAGCUCAACGGAGAGCACCACAUCAGAGUCCACCACCCCAACCACCGUAAAAACAACUACACUGACAACAGUUUCUCCAACUACUACGACAACUAAGUCCACAACGCGAACAACACCAGCAGUAACUAAGACCGCAGAAACCCCAACAACGAGAAGUACCAGGAAAACAACACCAACCACAUCUGUCUCUACAACAUCCAAAACCACUGCGUCAACAGUAUCCAGCCCAACCUCCUCAGCCAAAACAAGUCAAAGAAGCACAACUCUGACAAGGACUACAUCUUCCACCAAGUCUACUGAAACCAGUACAACCGCCAUACCAACUACACCCACAACCCUCACUCUCACCACGACUCCCUCCUCCACUAGCUCACCAGUGAGCACAACAUCAAAGUCAACCCCUACCACUUCCACUACAUUUACCACUCCCACCACAACCACCACACCAACUACACUCACAACCGUCACUCUGACGACGACGGCCCCAACCAGUACUUCUCCGGAGACCACCGCGUCUGAGUCCACUACCGCAAGCACCGUAAAAAUAACUACGCUGACGACAGUUUCUCCAACUACUACGUCAACUAAGUCCACAACUGGGGCAACACCAACAGGAAAAGAGCCAACGAUACCUACUACUCCAUCCUCACCUGUAACUAAGACCACAGAAACCCCAACAACGAGAAGUACCAGGAAAACAACACCAACCACAUCUGUCUCUACAACCUCCAAAACCACUGCGUCAACAGAAUCCAGCCCAACCUCCUCAGCCAAAACAAGUCGAAGAAGCACAACUCUGACAAGGACCACAUCUUCCACCAAGUCUCCUGAAACCAGUACAACCGCCAUACCAACUACACCCACAACCCUCACUCUCACCACGACUCCCUUCUCCGCUAGCUCACCAGAGAGCACAACAUCAAAGUCAACCCCUACCACUUCCACUACCUUUACCACUCCCACCACAACCACCACACCAACUACACUCACAACCGUCACUCUGACGACGACGGCUCCGACCAGUACUUCUCCGGAGACCACCGCAUCUGAGUCCACCACUGCAAGCACCGUAAAAAUAACUACGCUGACGACAGUUUCUCCAACUACUACGUCAACUAAGUCCACAACGCGACCAGAACCAACAGUAACUAAGACCACAGAAACCCCAACAACGAGAAGUACCAGGAAAACAACACCAACCACAUCUGUCUCUACAACCUCCAAAACCACUGCUUCAACAGAAUCGAGCCCAACUUCCUCAGCCAAAACAAGUCGAAGAAGCACAACUCUGACAAGGACCACAUCUUCCACCAAGUCUCCUGAAACCAGUACAACCGCCAUACCAAUUACACCCACAACCCUCACUCUCACCACGACUCCCUUCUCCACUACCUCACCAGAGACCACAACAUCAAAGUCAACCCCUACCACUUCCACUACCUUUACCACUCCCACCACAACCACCACACCAACUACACUCACAACCGUCACUCUGACGACGACCGCCCCGACCAGUACUUCUCCGGAGACCACCGCCUCUAAGUCCACAACCGCAAGCACCGUAAAAAUAACUACGCUGACGACAGUUUCUCCAACUACUACGUCAACUAAGUCCACAACGCGAUCAACACCAACAGUAACUAAGACCACAGAAACCCCAACAACGAGAAGUACCAGGAAAACAACACCAACCACAUCUGUCUCUACAACCUCCAAAACCUCUGCGUCAACAGAAUCCAGCCCAACCUCCUCAGCCAAAACAAGUCGAAGAAGCACAACUCUGACAAGGACCACAUCUUCCACCAAGUCUCCUGAAACCAGUACAACCGCCAUACCAAUUACACCCACAACCCUCACUCUCACCACGACUCCCUUCUCCACUACCUCACCAGAGACCACAACAUCAAAGUCAACCCCUACCACUUCCACUACCUUUACCACUCCCACCACAACCACCACACCAACUACACUCACAACCGUCACUCUGACGACGACGGCCCCGACCAGUACUUCUCCGGAGACCACCGCAUCUGAGUCCACCACCGCAAGCACCGUAAAAAUAACUACACUGACGACAGUUUCUCCAACUACUACGUCAACUAAGUCCACAACGCGAUCAACACCAACAGUAACUAAGACCACAGAAACCCCAACAACGAGAAGUACCAGGAAAACAACACCAACCACAUCUGUCUCUACAACCUCCAAAACCACUGCGUCAACAGAAUCCAGCCCAACCUCCUCAGCCAAAACAAGUCGAAGAAGCACAACUCUGACAAGGACCACAUCUUCCACCAAGUCUCCUGAAACCAGUACAACCGCCAUACCAAUUACACCCACAACCCUCACUCUCACCACGACUCCCUUCUCCACUACCUCACCAGAGACCACAACAUCAAAGUCAACCCCUACCACUUCCACUACCUUUACCACUCCCACCACAACCACCACACCAACUACACUCACAACCGUCACUCUGACGACGACGGCCCCGACCAGUACUUCUCCGGAGACCACCGCAUCUGAGUCCACCACCGCAAGCACCGUAAAAAUAACAACGCUGACGACAGUUUCUCCAACUACUACGUCAACUAAGUCCACAACGCGAUCAACACCAACAGUAACUAAGACCACAGAAACCCCAACAACGAGAAGUACCAGGAAAACAACACCAACCACAUCUGUCUCUACAACCUCCAAAACCACUGCUUCAACAGAAUCCAGCCCAACCUCCUCAGCCAAAACAAGUCGAAGAAGCACAACUCUGACAAGGACCACAUCUUCCACCAAGUCUCCUGAAACCAGUACAACCGCCAUACCAAUUACACCCACAACCCUCACUCUCACCACGACUCCCUUCUCCACUACCUCACCAGAGACCACAACAUCAAAGUCAACCCCUACCACUUCCACUACCUUUACCACUCCCACCACAACCACCACACCAACUACACUCACAACCGUCACUCUGACGACGACGGCCCCGACCAGUACUUCUCCGGAGACCACCGCAUCUGAGUCCACCACCGCAAGCACCGUAAAAAUAACUACGACAGUUUCUCCAACUACUACGUCAACUAAGUCCACAACGCGAUCAACACCAACAGUAACUAAGACCACAGAAACCCCAACAACGAGAAGUACCAGGAAAACAACACCAACCACAUCUGUCUCUACAACCUCCAAAACCACUGCGUCAACAGAAUCCAGCCCAACCUCCUCAGCCAAAACAAGUCAAAGAAGCACAACCCUGACAAGGACCACAUCUUCCACCAAGUCUCCUGAAACCAGUACAACCGCCAUACCAAUUACACCCACAACCCUCACUCUCACCACGACUCCCUUCUCCACUACCUCACCAGAGACCACAACAUCAAAGUCAACCCCUACCACUUCCACUACCUUUACCACUCCCACCACAACCACCACACCAACUACACUCACAACCGUCACUCUGACGACGACGGCCCCGACCAGUACUUCUCCGGAGACCACCGCAUCUGAGUCCACCACCGCAAGCACCGUAAAAAUAACUACGCUGACGACAGUUUCUCCAACUACUACGUCAACUAAGUCCACAACGCGAUCAACACCAACAGUAACUAAGACCACAGAAACCCCAACAACGAGAAGUACCAGGAAAACAACACCAACCACAUCUGUCUCUACAACCUCCAAAACCACUGCGUCAACAGAAUCCAGCCCAACCUCCUCAGCCAAAACAAGUCGAAGAAGCACAACUCUGACAAGGACCACAUCUUCCACCAAGUCUCCUGAAACCAGUACAACCGCCAUACCAAUUACACCCACAACCCUCACUCUCACCACGACUCCCUUCUCCACUACCUCACCAGAGACCACAACAUCAAAGUCAACCCCUACCACUUCCACUACCUUUACCACUCCCACCACAACCACCACACCAACUACACUCACAACCGUCACUCUGACGACGACGGCCCCGACCAGUACUUCUCCGGAGACCACCGCAUCUGAGUCCACCACCGCAAGCACCGUAAAAAUAACUACGCUGACGACAGUUUCUCCAACUACUACGUCAACUAAGUCCACAACGCGAUCAACACCAACAGUAACUAAGACCACAGAAACCCCAACAACGAGAAGUACCAGGAAAACAACACCAACCACAUCUGUCUCUACAACCUCCAAAACCACUGCGUCAACAGAAUCCAGCCCAACCUCCUCAGCCAAAACAAGUCGAAGAAGCACAACUCUGACAAGGACCACAUCUUCCACCAAGUCUCCUGAAACCAGUACAACCGCCAUACCAAUUACACCCACAACCCUCACUCUCACCACGACUCCCUUCUCCACUACCUCACCAGAGACCACAACAUCAAAGUCAACCCCUACCACUUCCACUACCUUUACCACUCCCACCACAACCACCACACCAACUACACUCACAACCGUCACUCUGACGACGACGGCCCCGACCAGUACUUCUCCGGAGACCACCGCAUCUGAGUCCACCACCGCAAGCACCGUAAAAAUAACUACGCUGACGACAGUUUCUCCAACUACUACGUCAACUAAGUCCACAACGCGAUCAACACCAACAGUAACUAAGACCACAGAAACCCCAACAACGAGAAGUACCAGGAAAACAACACCAACCACAUCUGUCUCUACAACCUCCAAAACCACUGCGUCAACAGAAUCCAGCCCAACCUCCUCAGCCAAAACAAGUCGAAGAAGCACAACUCUGACAAGGACCACAUCUUCCACCAAGUCUCCUGAAACCAGUACAACCGCCAUACCAAUUACACCCACAACCCUCACUCUCACCACGACUCCCUUCUCCACUACCUCACCAGAGACCACAACAUCAAAGUCAACCCCUACCACUUCCACUACCUUUACCACUCCCACCACAACCACCACACCAACUACACUCACAACCGUCACUCUGACGACGACGGCCCCGACCAGUACUUCUCCGGAGACCACCGCAUCUGAGUCCACCACCGCAAGCACCGUAAAAAUAACUACGCUGACGACAGUUUCUCCAACUACUACGUCAACUAAGUCCACAACGCGAUCAACACCAACAGUAACUAAGACCACAGAAACCCCAACAACGAGAAGUACCAGGAAAACAACACCAACCACAUCUGUCUCUACAACCUCCAAAACCACUGCGUCAACAGAAUCCAGCCCAACCUCCUCAGCCAAAACAAGUCGAAGAAGCACAACUCUGACAAGGACCACAUCUUCCACCAAGUCUCCUGAAACCAGUACAACCGCCAUACCAAUUACACCCACAACCCUCACUCUCACCACGACUCCCUUCUCCACUACCUCACCAGAGACCACAACAUCAAAGUCAACCCCUACCACUUCCACUACCUUUACCACUCCCACCACAACCACCACACCAACUACACUCACAACCGUCACUCUGACGACGACGGCCCCGACCAGUACUUCUCCGGAGACCACCGCAUCUGAGUCCACCACCGCAAGCACCGUAAAAAUAACUACGCUGACGACAGUUUCUCCAACUACUACGUCAACUAAGUCCACAACGCGAUCAACACCAACAGUACCAGGAAAACAACACCAACCACAUCUGUCUCUACAACCUCCAAAACCACUGCGUCAACAGAAUCCAGCCCAACCUCCUCAGCCAAAACAAGUCGAAAGAAGCACAACUCUGACAAGGACCACAUCUUCCACCAAGUCUCCUGAAACCAGUACAACCGCCAUACCAAUUACACCCACAACCCUCACUCUCACCACGACUCCCUUCUCCACUACCUCACCAGAGACCACAACAUCAAAGUCAACCCCUACCACUUCCACUACCUUUACCACUCCCACCACAACCACCACACCAACUACACUCACAACCGUCACUCUGACGACGACGGCCCCCGACCAGUACUUCUCCGGAGACCACCGCAUCUGA